AUGGCAUCCAGAGGCUCGAGCCUGGCCGCCAGCAAUGGCCCCGGAUCCAGCGAGGCUCCUCAAGAGCAGAAUGUCACCAAGAUCCCGCACAUUCUCCCCCACGAGCGCGUCUUCCCCGUGCAGAUCGGCGGGGAGCUCUUCAAGCUCUCGGGCGCAUCGCUCUCCUCUGACGCGCCCUCGUACUUCUCCCAGUAUUUCCUCUGCCAGAUCAAGGCUGCCGAAGAGAGCGGCGACGACGUGGGUUCCGCCAUCAGGACCCUCUACAUAGAUCGAGACCCGACCACUUUCCACGACAUCGCACUGCAUCUUCAGGGCUAUCACGUUACGCCGCGCGACGGUACACACUUUGUUCGUCUGUUCGCAGACGCCCAAUUCUAUAGCUUACCAAGGUUAAUUUCCCAGCUCUACGACGAGAGCAUAUUUAUUUCCAUCGGACAUCGCGAGUUCCAGAUACCCCGCGACAUCUUCACAGACCCAGGCAACACGCCCAAUUACUUCUCCCUGGGCUUUGCCGCCUUCUUCUCCCGACCAGACGACCUCUUCCCAGGCCUCGACCGGGAGGGCCUCAUCCGACCCCCAUCCAUCCUGCCUCCCUCAGUCCCCAAUCGAAGCGCCGAUACCUUCGCCGAGCUCCUUCGUCUGCUGCGCGGCUACCCCGUGUCCAUUCGGGACGAGAACCAUCGGGCAGAGCUCCUACGCGAUGCGAGGUACUUCCACUUCCGCGGCCUCGAACAGCGCCUGAUCCCCUGCUCCCUCAGCUUCAACCAGGCCAGGGGGAAAGACGAGAUCACGCUGCGACUCGAGAACGUCCAGAAGAGCGGCGUGAGCGUCGCGCGAGCCGACGACGACACCGCAGGCGCAUACGUAAACUACGCCCGCCCCUUCGUCGACAGCCAGCCCGCCGAGCUCGUCCUCGAGAUCGGCGGCGAGGCCACCAAGAUCCACUUCCCCAGCAGCGACCCCGAUGCCCCGGCGCGCGCCGAGUUCUUCAGGGACACCAAGGCCCGCGUCGCGAGGCUCUUCGAGGUCCUCGCCGUCAAGCUCAACCUCCCCGCCGCCACCGGCAACAGCCAGAGCCCUCACUUCCGCACGGCGUCCGCCUCCCCCAGCACCGGCGCGCACCAGCUCUCCGCCCCCGGCAACACGCCCCUGAGCCAGGAUCUCGUCCUCGUGUCUCUCGACGACGACGCAUCCAUCACGCUGGACGGGAAGGAGUACACCGGCGGCGCGCUUCUGAACAAUGCCGAUGAGAGAGUCGACGGCGACAUCGCCCAGUCCCGGAAACGUAGACGGACAGAGGACGGCGGCCCAAGGGAGUGGGUUGUCCGGACCGGCCAGUGGCGGCUCCGGGUCCGGCCAACAAAGACAGCCAAGGCACCGUACGAGUGUGUCCUUGAGGCCGUCAAGAUUGAUGCGUUCAGCUCAGAACUGGAGCGCAACUCUUCGAGGAGUUUCUUGCUAUAG